GAUCCCGGGGUGGGCAGGGCGAGGGCUCCCAGCUGCGGGCGGCCCGGAGUCGAGCGGCGAGUCGCUGCUGCAGGAGGACCGUGUGGCUGGGGCAGGCGCGGCCCCGCGGUGACAGCCCCGGCGAGCACCAUGGUGCCCACCCGGUUGUGCAUCAUGAGGAAUCUUCCUUCUGUUCUGGCUAGGACUCUCACUUCUGGGACCAGUGCCUCCCCAGAGUUUCUUACCAUGUCUGAAGGACAGUCACCCAUUCAUGUGAAUAAUGUGCGGAGCAAAUUGAGGGAUUUAGUGGGAGCAUCUACCAACUGGAGGGAUCAUGUCCAAGCAAUGCAAGAAAGAAAAGGUCUUCGUACUUUACUGGCAAAACGGCAGGAAGAUCUCCCUCCUAGGAGAAUGAAGGAUAGCUACUUGGAAGUUAUUCUCCCUCUAGGAAGUCAGCCUGAAAUAAGAGAAAAGUACCUGAAUGUACACAACAGUGUAAGGUUUGGAAGGAUACUUGAAGAUCUCGACAGUUUAGGAGUUCUUAUUUGCUACACUCACACCAAGCAGGAAAUGCAGCAAAGGUCUCCUUUAUCCAUCGUUACAGCUCUGGUGGAUAAAAUCAAUUUGUGCCAGAAGAUUAUACAUCCAGAUUGUGACAUCAAAUUCACAGGCAAUGUUUCUUGGGUUGGGAAGACCUCCAUGGAAGUGAAGAUGCACAUGCUGCAGCUACAUGAUGGUCAUUACAACCCUGUGUUAGAUGCAACCUUUGUCAUGGUGGCUCGGGACCCAGAGAAUAAACGGCCAGCAUUUGUUAAUCCACUCAUUCCUGAGAGCCCUGAGGAGCAAGAAAUCUUCAAGCAAGGGGAAUUGAACAAGUUGAAGAGGAUUGAAUUCAGCACUGCUUCCUUACUGAAAAUGGCUCCCACUGCAGAAGAAAGAAACAUUGUGCAUGACAUAUUCCUUAAUACACUGGACACAAGGACAGUGAGUUUCCGGAGUCGUAAAUUACCACCCAAUUCAGUGUGGAUGGAAGAUGCAAAGCUAAAAGGCCUGCAGAUUUGCCAUCCUGAGGCACGGAACAUCUUCAAUAGGAUUUUUGGGGGUUUUCUCAUGAGAAAGGCAUUUGAACUGGGAUGGGCAACUGCUUGCAGCUAUGGGGGUUCCAGACCCUUUAUUGUAUCUGUUGAUGAUAUCAUGUUUCAGAAGCCAGUUGAAAUUGGAUCCUUACUACUGCUUUCUGGACAGGUCUGUUAUACAGAGAAAAACUACAUCCAGAUUCGAGUACACAGUGAAGUUUAUAAUGCAAAUACCAAGGAGCACCAUACUACCAAUACUUUCCAUUUCACAUUUAUAUCAGAAAAUGAGGUCCCACAAGUUGUACCUAAGACAUAUGGAGAGUCCAUGUUGUACUUAGAUGGGAAGCGACACUUUACUGCAGUCAUGAAAGAAAUCUGACAGGCACUGGGUGGCUAAUGGACAGGUGCUUGUAAUACUCAAAGAAAAACCCAACAAAUACCCAAAACCAAACCAACCAAACCCAAACUCCACACCAAAACCUUUUCAGUAUUCUUCAUGUAUUUGCAUAUAUUUGGAUUUUUUUUACUCUUUACUACUAGAAUUUGUUGAAAUCAUUUACAUGCCAAUGCUAGUGAAAAGAGGCUGAAAAAAAUGCAGUCUUAGGCUUUGGAUAGACUGUCUAUUUUGAGAAAUCUCAUUAUAACCUUUGCUGUCUUGUCACCAUCUGCUGCCUUUCCCUUGGCAGAUCUCCGUUGUGUUUCCCUGAUAAGGGAUAGAAGUUCUGUCAGAAAAAGGUGUGAAUAAGUAGAUAUACACAGGUGAAGCAAGUUGAUCUACAUUCUUGUGUAAAUUAGGUUAAGAGUCAUAAUUCUUUUUUGAACAAGGAUACAUGCAUCCAAGCAGCAGCAGAGGCUCAGAAGUUACUUGUGUGUGCACAAUGGAAAGCAGGUGUUUCCCAUCCCUGGGGAUUUUACAAGGCUAUUGCAGCCUCUGUUUGUAUGGUUUCAUGUUCCCUGGGGAGGAAACUGAUUUUUGCAAUGAAGUGAGGUGGCUAGAUGGUAUUUUCUGGUACUCUGUUUCCUUGCCAGCCUCUUCUAAUUUUUUGUUUGUUUUAAUAUACAGCUGGGAGUUUCUUAGUGAAUUAUUUCUCAUGGCUUGGAGACUAGACUCUGAUUGGUGAGACUGGGACUGGGAAGUGGUGGUAUAGAACAGAACAUUUUGGUUUAUUAAGGACUGGGAACAGAAAAGGUAAAGUGCCCAAAUGGGGUGAUGAUGAUGCUUGGUGCUGCAGUUAGGGGUCCUGAGAAUCUUUGUUGAGCAGAUCCCAGGUCAGCUGCUGAAUGAUGGGAGGAUCUUUAUCUCACUGAGGGGUAGUACAGCUAGAGGAUUGUCUCAUCCUCAGUUGGAUUAUUUAUCUGUUCCCUUGAUAGACUGUAGUGCAGUAUGAGUACUGCACAGCUCUGAAGGUUGUCAAGUUUACCUGUGAAGGACAGAGAACUUCCCCAGCACAGAGGGAACACUAUGGUGAUCAUACUAUGGCAAAUAAAUAACAGGAACAGAGUACUUAAUACUGAAGUGCUUUCAGUGUAAUUGAGAAAUUUUUAAUAAUCUCCAAUUUCUGGCACAUAAACCUCAAUUUCCUGAAAUCAGGAAGCUGAGUGGAUGGGAGGCAUCAACUUUUAGCAGUGAAAAUGUCACAAGCAUGAAACUGCAUCUCUGGUUCCUUCAUAUCAAGAUUGAUGUCCUAAUUGAUUGGGACACCCAAAGAGGAAUUGGGCUCAGAGGUUAAAUGGAUGAAAUGUGAUGUCUUACAAUACACAGGAACAGAUUCUGGCUUCCCUGUGUGGUCUAAAAUCUUUUGAAAAGAGGAUGCAGGAAAUAAGAAUUAUAUCAAUCAGCACAGAUGCCUGAAGCACAUUGAUAAAAUAAAGCAGCAUGUUGAGCUUUUAUUUCUGAGUCAGAAAGCCUGGGACAGUCACAAUUUGGAGCAGUUUCCUUUGGUGCUAGGAUGGUAUAAAGUUCAUGACCCCUAGCAGCUCUUGUAAUUGAGCAUUGUGAUAAUCAGCAUGUUACUCAUCAGCCUUUCCUUCUUAAGAUUCAGCUGCUGUAUUGGGUAAGUUAGAUGGGGGAGGCACAGGGGUGUGGCCUGAUCCAGAACAGAUUCAUGCAUUGCCCUGAUGGUAAACUCUUGGUUCCUUCCAUAGAGUUUCUCUCUUCAGCCACACUCCAGUGCUGACUUAGCUCUGUGGCAUUAAAAUAUUUUUCUUUAAUGGUUAUGAUGCUGUGGAGAUAAAUUGUAUUUUCUGGGUUUUUCCUUUUUAAAACUGACUCUAUUAGAUUGAAUCACACCAAGAACUGAAAUUGUAUCUCAGUCCCCCUUGUUGCAGGGAUCAAUCCCUUGUUGCAGGGCUCAGUGUAGACUGUUUUUUAACAGUUGACAUAGUCUAUAAAUAGGAAGGCAGGAAAUGAAAGGACCUUUUUUAGAACUAUGUUUUACUCCUGAGUACCUGCAGAUUUUUGUCACUGACCCAGUGAUCCUACCUGGAUCACUUUUUUAUAGCACAUGUAACUUGAGGGGAUAUCAAAUUCAUCCUCUACUGACUUUUCAGCUGUAUUUAAAGAUUAAUUUAUCAUAAUUCUAAAUUCAGCCUUUGGGAAGGGGUUGGAGAUGAGAAGAAAUAGUAGAAUAUAGAGGAAGGUGUGACAUUAGAAUCUGUGGACACCAUGAAGAAAAUUAAUGCCACAAAUGAAGAUGCAUAAAAGAACUGAUGUGUUCUCAAGUUUGUGAUAACUUCAUCACAUACCACAAUGACAGUACUUACAGAAUGUAUGUACAGCCAUACAGAAUGUGUGUGUGUGUGUAUACACAUAUGUAAAAGAUACGUGCUUUUCUGUCUAUGUAUAUAUACUCAUGUAUUUUUUAUUCCAAGAUGGCAACUCCAAGCUGUCACUCUCUCUUGUAUCGUUGUUCAAGGGUAUGCAUGCUGCUUUGUGCCUUUGUGUGUGUAUGAGAAAAAUGUUCUCAGAUCUCACAUUAAAAUAUUUCAACAUAGUAA